GUAAACAGUACCCGCCAAGAAUACAAGUUUAUACGGGAAAAAUAGUACACACUUAGUUGUUAUUUGCGGUGGGGAACUGUUCUAAGUAAACUUUAACAUGCCUCGAGAAAUUAUCACCCUACAGCUUGGACAAUGUGGAAAUCAAAUUGGAAUGGAAUUUUGGAAGCAGCUCUGUGCAGAACAUGGAAUUAGUCCUGAGGGUAUCUUAGAGGAUUUUGCUACGGAGGGAACAGAUAGAAAAGAUGUGUUCUUUUAUCAGGCUGAUGAUGAACAUUAUAUUCCGAGAGCAGUUCUGCUCGAUCUCGAGCCUCGUGUCAUCAACACAAUAAUGAACUCACCCUAUGCCAACCUGUACAACCCAGAGAAUAUCUACUUAUCUAAGCAUGGGGGUGGGGCAGGAAACAACUGGGCUUCUGGAUAUAGUCAGGCCGAGAAGUUGUACGAGGAAAUCUUUGACAUCAUAGACAGAGAGGCUGAUGGAAGUGAUAGCCUUGAGGGCUUUGUUCUGUGUCACUCUAUUGCUGGAGGUACAGGUUCUGGGAUGGGGUCCUACCUACUGGAAAGACUCAAUGACAGGUUCCCAAAGAAGUUAGUGCAGACGUACUCUGUGUUCCCUAACCUGGACGAAAUGUCGGACGUGGUGGUCCAACCCUACAACUCACUACUCACUCUGAAGAGGCUCACUCAGAAUGCUGACUGUGUGGUUGUAUUAGAUAACACAGCAUUAAACAGAAUAGCUGCUGACCGACUUCAUAUAGAGACUCCAAACUUCUCUCAGAUAAACCAGCUGGUAUCAACGGUCAUGUCCACCUCAACGACGACACUGCGUUACCCUGGUUACAUGAAUAACGAUUUGAUUGGUCUAAUUGCCUCACUAAUCCCCACCCCUCGGCUCCACUAUCUGAUGACAGGGUACACACCCCUGGCUACAAACUCACAGGUAGCAAGUGUCAGAAAGACAACCGUCCUUGAUGUCAUGCGGCGACUCCUACAACCAAAGAACAUGAUGGUGUCCACUCCAGUCCACAGACAGGCAAACCACUGCUACAUCUCAAUACUGAACAUUAUACAGGGGGAAGUAGACCCCACACAGGUACACAAAAGUUUACAGAGGAUCAGAGAGAGGAAGUUGGCCCAGUUUAUUCCCUGGGGACCAGCCAGUAUCCAGGUGGCGCUGUCUCGGAAAUCCCCAUACAUCCAAACGGCUCACAGGGUCAGCGGUCUAAUGUUGGCCAACCACACCAGUAUAUCUACGUUAUUUGAGCGUACACUACAACAGUAUGACAAGCUAAGAAAAAGAGAAGCCUUCAUGGAUCAGUUCAAAAAGGAAGCCAUAUUUAAGGACAACUUAGAUGAGUUUGAUAACUCAAGGGAGGUAAUUCAGCAGCUGGUGGAUGAAUAUCACGCAGCCACAAAGCCAGACUACCUCUCUUGGGGAACACAACAGGCUGUAGCAGCAACAGGGGAGAGAAUUUGAGACAAGACCAUCUACAGUUUUCCAUUUCAAAGCAACUGAUCUACUGCAUAUAUCGACUGUGUAUCUAUGACAUAAGUGUUCAUAUCUUCCUCUUUUAGAAGUUGACAUACCUUUACAGAGGAAACUGGGAUCAGUGUUAAAUGUAAAAAUGAAACUCAAGCCAUCUUUUUUGUUUUAAACAUUGGAAUUUAUUAUUCUGCCAGCAUGCAUUACAUGUGUAUUACACAUGUAGAAAGAAGCAUAUAUGCUAAAUAUAAAUAUGCACAUAAAAAACCCUGAAAUUAUGUUCUGGUAUACAAGGCAAAAAAAAAUUAAUUUCUUGGUUCUCAGGCCCUCCCUCAUCUCUUCCAAGGGUGCCUCAUUGAUCAUUUUUAUUGCUUAUUCAAUAAAAUAAAAACAAUAAAUCACCUCCCUCAUCAUUUUUUGAGGUUUUGCACAAUGUAAAAAGCUGCAUCAUCAUGUUUGGGGGACAACAAAAAGUAAAAAAAAAAAUGCCUCCCUCCCUCAUCAUAUUUCUUGAAAAAAAAAGGCUUGAGAACCAAGGAUUUAACUUUGCAUGGCCUAAAGAGAAGAUCACCCUAACUUCAUAAAAACACCCUAUAAAUAAAGCUCUAUAGUGCAGUGUUUAGAGCUUCCUUAACAACAUGUAAAUCUAAUUUAUGUAGACAUUUCAAGUCACGUUCUUCUUGAAACAAUUUAUUUUUGAUAAAAUUUGAAAUGCCACAAAUCUUGAAAUAAAGAUUUGUAGAUAAAAUUA